UCAAUUGUGGUUGAUCAACCUCUUCCGCCACCAAACUCAUUGUUCUUGAAAUAUGGAAGUUCUAUAUAUUCUAUAAAUCAUUCCAGGCUACUAAAAAUGGCAAAUUCUGCCUUUUUCAUUUGGAUUUUUCUCUUGUCCUUGGCAAGCUUAAGUCCAUGUUAUGGAUGGAUUGAUAUCAAUCCUAUUAAAUUCGUUAAGGAGGAACUGUCAAGGGAGAGACCAUCCCAUGCAUUUACAAGCUAUGAAUUUGAUACAUAUUCAGCUGUCAAUAUCAGCCCCCAAGACGGACAGAAAGAGAAGGAUAAGAUCGAAAGCUUGCCUGGACAACCUCCUGGAGUGGAGUUUGAUCAGUAUUCAGGCUACGUAACGGUGGAUCAUGAAGCAGGCAGAGCAUUGUUCUACUAUUUUGUUGAGGCACCAUUGAAUUGUUCUUCCAAGCCACUUGUCUUGUGGCUAAAUGGAGGGCCUGGUUGUUCUUCAUUUGGGGCUGGAGCAUUGAUGGAACUUGGGCCAUUUAGAGUUAACAAAGAUGGUAAAACUCUAUACCGAAAUGAAUAUGCAUGGAACAAGGAUGCCAACAUAAUCUUCUUGGAAUCUCCUGCUGGUGUUGGAUUUUCCUAUUCAAACUCAACCUCAGACUAUAAAUUAAGUGGAGAUUACAGAACUGCCCAAGAUUCCUAUGCAUUCCUUGUUAACUGGUUGGAAAGGUUCCCCGAGUACAAAACCAGGGAAUUUUUCAUAGCCGGAGAGAGCUACGCAGGACAUUACAUACCGCAGCUUGCUCAUGCAAUCCUUCAGAACAACAAGAACACCAAGCAAACCAUAAUCAAUCUAAAAGGAGUUGCUAUGGGUAACGCUUAUAUUGACUUUGAAACAACUAUAAAAGGGGCGGUAGAUUUUUAUUGGACGCAUGCCCUCAUGCCUGAUGAAAUUUACCAUGGACUUACGUCAAGCUGUGAUUUUACUUCACUAAAUACUUCGGACAAAGUAUGCGUAAAACUUAUUAAUGAAGCAACUGAUGCGGCUGGCAACAUCUACUCCUAUGAUAUCUAUGCUCCCUUGUGCAAUUCUUCCUUGAAAUUUCAUUCUGUUUCAGCUUUCGACCCCUGUUCAGAAAGUUAUAUCAAAAGAUACUUGAACAUUCCUCAAGUUCAAAGAGCUCUUCAUGCAAAUGUUACUGAUCUUCCUCAUCCAUGGGAAUCCUGCAGUAGAGAUAUAAAUCGAGUUUGGAAAGAUAAGCCGCUAACAGUAUUGCCAAUCAUUCAGGAGCUAAUGGCAAGAGGAAUUCGUAUAUGGAUGUACAGCGGCGACACAGAUGGCACUUUACCUGUAACGUGCAGUAGGUAUGCCAUUAACAAACUGGGAACACCAGUCAAGACAGUCUGGUACCCCUGGUACACCCAAGAUGAGGUUGGCGGAUAUGCUAUUGGAUUCCAAAAUCUCACAUUUGUAACUGUAAGAGGAGCUGGGCAUUUUGUUCCAAGUUACCAGCCGGCUCGGGCGCUGGUGCUCUUCUCCUCAUUCAUAAACGGGGUUCUUCCACCUUCAUAUAAGUUUGAUAAGUUAGUUACGGAUAAACCACAAUACACAGAGAUGAAGGUUACAAUCACGUUAUGGCUGGUGCUACUCUGUUGCUAAUUGGGUUUCCCCAUUUUUUGCAAUGGCAACCAGAUAACAAUCUAAACAAGUUAUCAAAUCUCGACAAUCCCCAAUCCUCCUCGGGGUGAUUAUGCGGGGUGAUUACAUGAAACAAUGUCUUCCUUGUGGAUAGGACACCAAAAGGGGCUGAAGGAAUCAGACAAGAUCAACAAUUUGCCUGGACAACCUCAAGGAGUGGAUUUUGAUCAAUAUGCAGGCUAUGUAACAGUAGACCCCAAGGCUGGAAGAGCACUGUUCUAUUAUUUUGUAGAGUCACCGCAUAAUUCUUCCACCAAUCCCCUGGUAUUGUGGCUCAAUGGAGGGCCAGGUUGCUCAUCUCUUGGAUAUGGAGCCAUGGAAGAACUGGGUCCUUUCAGAGUUAACAGUGAUGGGAAGACCCUGUUCAGAAAUGAAUAUGCAUGGAACAACGUGGCAAAUGUGAUCUUCUUGGAGUCCCCCGCAGGAGUGGGGUUCUCAUAUUCAAACACUAGUUCAGACUACGCCAACGCCGGUGACAAGAGCACCGCUGAGGAUGCUUAUACUUUCCUUGUAAACUGGCUGGAGAGGUUUCCCCAAUAUAAAACCCGUGAUUUCUUCAUAGCUGGUGAGAGCUAUGCUGGUCAUUAUGUUCCUCAGCUGGCAAAUACCAUUCUCUUGAGGAACAACAACACGAAGAACACAAAAAAAACUAUCAUCAACCUCAAAGGGAUUGCCAUUGGGAAUGCUUGGAUAGAUGAUAAUACGGGCAACAAAGGAAUGUACAAUUAUUUCUGGACCCAUGCAUUAAAUUCUGAUGAAACCAACGCAGGGAUUAACAAAUACUGUGAUUUUGUUGCUGGUAAUUUUUCAAAUACAUGUUUAAAGUAUCAAAACCAAGCAGAUGACGAGAUUGGGAACAUAGAUAUAUACAACAUCUACUAUCCACUUUGCCAGUCAAAAGCAACUGCUCCAGCAUCAAAAGGUGGCUCAUCAUCUGGUUCCGUGAAAGAUAUUGACCCCUGCUCCGAGAUAUAUGUUAACUCCUACCUAAAUCUUGCCGAUGUGCAAAGAGCUCUGCAUGUCAAAUCUACUAAUUGGUCAGCUUGCAGUGGAGACACUGAUGGACGCGUUCCAGUGACAUCCUCUCGGUACUCCAUAAACACUCUGAAUCUUCCAGUGGAAACAGCUUGGCGCCCAUGGAACAUCAGAGGCGAGGUUGGAGGAUAUGUGGUUGGGUACGAGGGAGUGACUUUCACCACUGUAAGAGGAUCUGGGCAUAUGGUUCCUAGUAACCAACCGGAACGAUCGCUUGUCAUGAUCUCGUCUUUCCUUCACGGGACACCUCUCCCUGCAGACAACAAUUCAAAGCCAUAA